GAUGAUAGAUCAGUACUCGCUAUCAAACGUAAUACGUCAAUGUAAACAAAACUGAUUAAAAUGUCCUUCUCAGAAGUUAACAGUAGCUAAGUGAUUUUUGUGAAAGUUGCACAUACGCUCCACUGUUGGAAGAAUGCCGUUACCAGAUAAAAGCGGUUUAAAAAUUGUGCAUUUAGAUGUGAGGGAUGUCAGGUUUCCGACCUCACUAGGUGGUCAUGGUUCCGAUGCUUUGCACACGGACCCAAACUACUCUUGCGCAUACGUCACAAUCAUUACAGAGAAUGGAAAGAAAGGUUUUGGUCUCACGUUCACUUGUGGGCGUGGGACAGAGAUCGUGGUGCUGACUAUUCGAGCGAUGAAGAGGUUCGUUGUGGGAUUGAACGCGGCGGAAAUAUUUGCUGAUUUUGCUGGCUUUUGGCGCACUAUAACCAACGAUUCGCAAAUGAGAUGGCUUGGACCAGAAAAGGGCGUGGCACAUUUAGCGGCUGCAGCUAUUCUGAAUUCACUCUGGGAUUUGUGGGCGAGGAUUGAAAACAAACCUGUUUGGAAAUUACUAGUGGAUUUAGAGCCUGAGGAAUUGGUGUCAACAAUCGACUUUCGUUACAUAACUGACGUGAUAACGCCAGAUGAGGCGGUUCGGAUUUUGAAAGCUCAACGUAAAGGGCGGGAAGAGAGGUUCAAAUAUUUGGAACAACAUGGAUACCCUGCUUAUACUACACAAGUCGGGUGGCUUGGCUACAGUGAUGAAUUAGUAACAGAAUUAUGUCACAAGUACCUUCAACUCGGUUUCACGCAUUUCAAAGUGAAGGUCGGACUUAGCGUAGAAGAUGAUCUCAGACGUGCUACCGCGGUCCGAAAAUGUAUUGGCGAUGACAAGUUUUUGAUGGUUGACGCUAACCAAGCCUGGAGCGUGAACGAAGCCAUAGAAUGGAUGAAGAAACUUGCUCACCUAAAGCCAAUAUGGAUCGAGGAGCCCACCUCUCCUGAUGACGUUUUCGGACAUGCCGUCAUAUCAAAAGCUCUAGAGCCCUAUGACAUUGGAGUUGCGACAGGCGAGAUGUGUGCAAACCGCGUAAUGUUCAAACAGUUUCUGCAAAGCGGGGGCAUGCAAUACUGUCAGAUUGACUCCGCAAGAAUUGGCGGCAUCAAUGAGAUUCUCGCUGUCUAUCUUAUGGCUCACAAACUUAAUGUAAAGGUAUGUCCUCACGCGGGCGGCGUGGGUUUGUGCGAGAUGGUGCAACAUCUGCAGCUGUGGGACUACGUGAGCCUUUCUUGCACCAUGGCAGACCGCCUUAUCGAGUAUGUGGACCAGCAACAUGAGCACUUUGUGGACCCCUGCGUCGUCCACAACGCUAGAUAUAUGGCGCCUAAAUUGCCAGGAUACAGUACACAAUUCUUACCUGAAACACUGGAAAAAUACACUUAUCCACAUGGAACCGAGUGGCGGCGGAUGUUUAAAGAAGGAAUCUUCCCGUUACCAGACGAAGCUGAAUUGGUCAAUCCAUAAAAUAAGUACUAAAUAAAUAAAGGUGUUAUUAACUUUUAUUAUCUAAAUCAACAUGUCAUAUUUAAAAUAAAUUGUCCAAAUCAUGAACA